UUGUUACUCAAUAGAUGGAAGCAUUGUGCGCCAACAGAAGACGCCGGAGGCAGAGUAAAUAGAGCGGGGAUCAAUUUUUUGUACGAAGCAACGGUUUUAUAGCCAUGUGGUCAUGCCUGUAGCAAGCUCGAAUGUAAUGUACUGAAGAACUUCGCUGUGCCUUUGAAAGAGAAUUGAUUAUUUACUUCGACGAACGCGACAGUAGUGCUUUGCGAUAUCCGUACCUUUUUUUUUCCUCCCUCGCUGGUGUUCUGUCAGCAGUAGCGCUUCGCUUGACGUAAUAACAUUGAGUUACCUCGUUUGACAUGCUUGAUGUGUCGGACGUUCAUAUAGAUGCUUCCAGCGUUUUGGAUGUAAAAAAAACAUUGUCUAACAACAUGAUAGAUGUUAGAGCUUGCAAUAAACCAGUAGAGAAGUUGUGAGUACUUUGCUUGCUCCCCCCAGUAGUAUGUUGUUCUAACGCACUUGGCAGUCUAGCAAGAGCGUGUGGAUACAAUGACAAACACUCAGCUGUGGUUUCGUGGUGUGCGGAGCUCCAAGUUCCGCCACGUGUACGGAGCCCCGGCGAAACGCGAGCACUGCUACGAAAACAUCAAGAUAACGAAAAAUGCACACGAUGGCCAUUUCUGCGCAGUCAAUCCGAAAUUUGUCGCCGUCGUUACGGAGGUUGCAGGUGGGGGCACAUUUGUUGUGCUGCCAAUUUCUGAGACUGGUCGUUUGGAUUUUAAUGCCAGCAGGGUAACAGGCCACAGGGGUCCUGUCCUCGACAUUAAGUGGAAUCCUUUCAACGACAACAUAAUUGCAUCAUGUUCUGACGACUGCACGGUGAAGCUGUGGUACAUACCCGACAAUGGACUGGCCACACACCUCUCCGACUGGAUCGUGGACCUGCACGGGCACAAACGCCGUGUCGGCUAUAUCGAGUGGCAUCCGACGGCAGAGAACAUCCUCGUCAGUGCAGGCUUUGACCACCUGAUGAUUGUCUGGGACGUGGGGAGCGGCGAUGCGGUAAACGUGAUAGACUGCCAUCCCGACGUCAUCUAUUCCAUGUCGUUCAACCGUGACGGCUCGCUCAUCGCAACGACGUGCAAGGACAAGAAGCUCAGGGUCAUCGAGCCACGGAAAGGCAUAGUGUUUUCGGAAGGGGUAUGCCACGCAGGUACCAAGGCGUGCAAGGCGGUGUUCCUGGGCAACACGGGCCGCAUCCUGACUACGGGCUUCUCCCGCCACUCGGACCGGCAGUAUGCCGUGUGGAGCCAGAGUGACCUGUCCCAGCCGCUCUGCAUAGAGACCAUCGACAGCUCCUCGGGGGUGCUGUUCCCCUACUACGACCACGACACCCGUGUGCUGUUCCUCGCAGGCAAGGGAGAUGGCAACAUCAGGUACUACGAGGUCGUUGACCAGGCCCCAUGGCUGCAUUAUUUGAACCAGUUCCUGUCUGGAUCUCCCCAGCGUGGCUUGGGAUUUAUGCCAAAGAGAGGCUGUGAUGUUCACCAGUGUGAGAUUUUCCGGUUCUACAAGCUUCAUGCAACAAAGGGGAUGUGCGAGCCAAUUUCUAUGAUAGUACCUCGCAAGAGCGACCAGUUCCAGGAUGACCUGUACCCGGACACGGCAGCUCCAACACCGGCGCUCUCUGCCCAGGAGUGGCUGAGUUUCAAGAACAGGAACCCGGUGCUGAUGUCAAUGAAGACAGGUGAAAAGUCAACAAAAGCCGCCGAAGACACAGUGUGCCCUUUCCAGGACUGUAAAGGUGUGACAGUACACACGCACAAACCUCGAGUCCGUCAGCCGCGGGACAACGUGCUCCCCAUGGCUAACAACAACAACAGCCGCAAAUUUGCCUUCCUCUCCCAAGAGACGGUACCAGACUACCGGCCCAUCGAUGUUAAGGUUAGCCCUCCUACAGAGAAGAGCCAGAAGACGGAAAGCAACCAAACCACAAAAUUCCAGCAGCUGCAACAGAUGUUUGCAAACAGAGCAUCUGGACAGGUCAGUACGCAAAGCAACCAAACCACAAAAUUCCAGCAGCUGCAGCAGAUGUUUGCAAACAGGGCAUCUGGACAGCCAAAUAAUAACUUGUUGAAUGAGGAAUACAAACGAUCGUCAGAGGAGAGGGAUGAAGUCAUUGCUUUGGAUGGAAGUCCAAAGUCUCAAAACCAGUUGCAGCGGGCGUACUCUAGGCAGUGUGAAGAGCUCAAACUUCUCAAGAAGCAGUUGGCAAACCGUGAGAGGCGCGUCUCGGAGCUGGAAGAGGAAGUGCAGCGGCUGCGCAAGGCGCUCGGCAAGUAGAGACGUGCAGCGAGGAGCUGUGGAUUGGAAGCUUUCGAUGUUACCAGGGGGGUCCUGGCGAUCCCCUGCUUAAUGUUUUUAAGCUGUUUUAACACUAUUUACAUUUAAUGACCUAGCUUUGACUAGGUGAAGAGGCAAUGGACUGCAUUAGCUUAUCAACGUUCCUGUCACUAUUACACGGGCUGUUUUGUAAGUGCUGUGAAGAUGAGUGACAAAUGUUGGGCACUUAAACAGAGCUACAUUCUGCUUCUCACACGUUUUGGAGGAAGCUAGCAGAACAUUGCCAGCAAAGCCAUAUUCUUGGUGCACGUGCGCACACAUUCAAUCAGUUCGAGAGUAGUGUAAUGUUAGUGUUUCAGCGAUAUUCCUAGCUGUGUUGCUUUGCUGUAACAAAGUUUCUUAUGAUGUGCAAGUAACUGUUCUAGUAUUACAUUUUUGAUAACAGUGAAUUGAAAGAAGUGAGUCACAUCAUUUAUGUUAAUUUCUAAUUCACUACACAUGGAGUAAAUUAAAAAUACUGUUUAAAUGUCUGUAUGGAUCAUAUGAAACAAUUUUUUUGUAAUUUGUUUUUGUUAUUCAUGUCUUGACGUGGUGUCCUUUUCGUAUAGUGCCAGGAGUUCUGGAAGACUUUCUUGCCCCCUUAUAAUGAAAAGUUGCUUUGUAAUAGUCUACCCAAAUAGGAAUAACCAGUAAAAAUGUUUGUAGGUUACAUGUAUGAUUUGUAAUAUUAUUGGGAUUUAUUUCAUCUGUAACUAAUAGUAUAUGCCUCGUACUAAAUUCAUACCAUUACUACUUGAUGUACUUAAAUAAUUUUGUACACAAGAUACCUAAAAGGAAAAAGAAACAACUGUGUUGGAAUAAAAAGUGUUGAUACUUGAAAGAUAUUAAGGAGAGGUACAGAAAAACAAUAGCUCUGUUAAUCUUAAGUUUUCGUUCAUGUAUUUAAACUCGAAUCAGUUUUUUCAUUACUUUUUUUUAUAAAGAACAAUUUUUAAAAAAUCCACUUAAAGAAUUAAUUCUACAGCUGUCAUAAAUUGAAUUGUACAAGAACACUAUUAACCAAAAAACUUACAAUUGUGUAAAUGUGAAUUUUAUUCUUCCUGACAAUAGCUUCAGCUAUUUUCAUAUCUCCCAAUGUUAAUAUUCUUAAUCUUAAAAAUUAUUUAACUGUGCAGUAUGUUGGCAAGAAAUUUGUGUGAAACUGCUUGGAAGGAAAUCUUUAUCAUUUGGCAUUUUAGCUCAGGCUGACGACCUUAAAACGUAGCAUUUUUCCUACCAAAAUAAAUGAUACAGCCGUGAGGUAGGAAAAGUAUAACUACUGAAAUUCGCAAAUUAUUCUUGUGGAUUGUUGUGUAAAAUAAUUAGUUAUUGUAUUUCAUUGGGUGCAGUUAAAUUGCAAGCAGGUGCUUGAUUUAUUUGCACUGUUAAAUUACCUUUUUCUGCAUAAUUCUGUGUUUAAUUGAAUUUGUGAGAACCUGUUUUAUAUUUGAUAAAUUCACACAUGUAUAUCUGUCUGAUUAAAAACUGAACCGAAUUUGCUUCAGGUAUCUGGGUUAUUCCCAGUCUAGCACACAUUUUCAGCUUGUCUCUUUUCUUCUGCCAUUUAUUUCGCUGAGUGUGUUGUUUUGCUAAUGGGGUGUGCCUGUAGUACUUGUAAAAUCUUGCUCUGCUGAUUUUAUUUGCCAUAUCCGUAUUGCACAUCUGCAGAGUGGAGACAAGUAACAAAAUAUGAGAUUAAAAAUGUGUUGUUGUGUUUUAGAAUGUAAUUAGUGUAACUUUACAGCUGGUAAAUAGCUGUUAUUGUUCUCUGAAAUUUGGAAAAUCUUAAUGAAACUAACAUACCAUUAAUAUAAAUAUUGGUUACAUUUUGUAAGUAUAUAUUUGAUACUAGUUUCAUUUAAGAAACAGAAUAGCUUAGAUCAGAGGUUUAAAGAGUAAAGGAAAUUGGGAAGUAUUGCUUGAAGUUGGUUUUAAAUAAGUAAGUGAUGUUUGCAAAAAGAUUCUGGGAAAGCUAAUAGAGGCUGUUCAGUUACCAAAGAUUGAAAACUGUCUUUCAUAAAUAAGGCACAACUUUGUGGUUCUCAAGCUAUUUGUGGGUGAUACAGACUGGAAGUUUCACGGAAAUUUGAUUGCAUUUGGUAGGCUUCAUGUUCAGUUUUUGAAUACGUCGUAGAGCAGGUUUUCCUUCUAAACAUUAGUCCUGGUAUUGAAUAACAGGUGGUGUAGAAUACCACAGCCCUCUGAAAUUGUGAUUAAGCAGACAUUUGUAUAACGAUCCCUUUGGGGGGAGAAACUUCAGCAUUACACAUUAUAACAAAGCUCUUUGCAGAAUGUGGGAAAUAUUUUUGCGUCUGUCAGGUUUGUCUUUCCUUUCUUGAUUGAUUCUCAAACAGAAUGUGUUCAGAAAAUGUAACUUAAAAAGCUCAUUAAGUAAAAUUGUACUGCCUCCACUACUUCAUUUCUGUACCUGUAACAAAUCUAUGUUCAUGGAUGUGGGGACCAUUUUGUUGUUGAUUUUUUGGGCUCGGGAAGGUGACACACUAGGAGUACCCAGCAGAAGUGAUAAAUUAUCUCAUGUACUGCAGUAUUCUUGGCACUAAUUGUUCCUUGAAUAAAGUCAGGCUAUGACAUAUUCUUCUGUCAGAACUCUCCAUACAAUCUCAGGGGAUGUAUCUUCUACAAAAGCUGUUAUUCAGAAGAGUGUACUGGUCACAGAUAGUCAUCCAAUUUUCUGUGGUUCCAGUUUAUAAUGAGACUUACCAUGCAUUUCAUUCCAUGACACGUGUAAUUUAGACACUUUCAAUGUUUGAAGCUUAAUGUUGUCAAAAAAAAUUUGCAGGCUUGCUACAGUAUACAAAGGGGUCAAAUAAUUUGACAUAUUUAACUCUUAUAUGGAGAUAUAGAGGCAACUUGUUCUUUUUCAUUUUUAAAUAGAGCAACUCUUCAAAGAUAAAAAUGAUUAUAUAUUGCAGAGUGGUGCCAAGUGUGGUCCUAACUGUGGCAGGAAGUUAGCUGGACCGCAUGUCAAAAUAUAGUUGCAUUAAAACGUGUUUCUGCAUUGUUGUUGCCGGCCGCUGUGGCCGAGCGGUUCUAGGCGCUUCAGUCUGGAACCACGCGACCGCUACGGUCGUAGGUUCAAAUCCUGCCUCGGGCAUACAUGUGUGUGAUGUCCUGCACUGUUGUUUGGUAGUUUUAGCAUAGAAAUAUACAACAGAAAAUGUGACUGCUAGCUGUUAAUUUAAAAUGUAAGAGAUCAGUGCUAACAGUAAAAAUGAUGAAAUAAACAUCUGAGGGGUUAAGAUAUCAAAAAUGUUAAGAGUAAUUUCUGUUAGGUCUUAUCCUGUACAUUCAAUACAC